UGAAUUUCUGUCUUUUCUGUUUUUCUGAAUCCCUGUUUUCUAUCAGAGAAAGCCUGGAUCAAAGAGUUGAAGGCAUAAUUUUUACGAAGUGAAAAAAUCUAACCUUGCCCUAUGCUUUUCCCGAUCAAUGCUUUGGACUUCAUUUGACUUAUUCGUUUUGUUAUAUAUACAUUGCACGAUUUUAAAACAGUUUUUGUUUCUUUCCUAAAAAGUGUUGCUGACGGACCAGGGAUCCUCUACAACUACCUUAUCAGUUGUUACAAACAUCGGUGGCCUCCAGAAUGACAAAAACUGCUUCACCCAUUAUCUGACAAUCGCUAUCUUAGCAGGAUUGUUGUUUAUAUUAUCAAUCAUUCUUGGUGGGGUUUUGAUACUGCUACGGAAGAGACAAAGUGAGAUAGGUUCUUGGAUUUUAUAGGGAUUUCAUUUACAAAUCUAACGCUAAUUUUGGCCCGCUUUGUCAUCUUGGUCAUCUAAGGGCAGACUUCAUUUAAAAAAAAAAAAAAAAUCGAACGAGGUAGUUAGAUCUUAUUGGCAUUUCAGCUAAAACUUAACUUUAAUCUCUAGUCCCACUAUUAUCCUGGUAAUCUAGGGGCAGACUUCAUUUAAAAAGUUCAAGAGAUGCUUAAUAUCAAACGAACAAGUUGGCCAAAUGCAAAAAUUAAGUGAUGUAAUAAAAGAAACUGUUAUAAAGAAUCAACAUGGCUUCAGAGAAAGCUUGCCGUUGAAUGCUUUGAAUGUCGGUGCCCAGCUUAGCUUAGCGGCGGGAAGUAAAAGAAACCAAAGUGAGCCGUCUGUCCAACAGGAGGGUGUAUAUACCGCGCUGUGUUCAGAGUCAGUGAUGACCUCUGAUGAGGAUGGUUCCCGAACGUACGCUUCCCUUGUGAAAUCAACGGAUGAAGAGAGCGACAUUGAAUAUGAGAAUCAAAUAUCUGUUCUUGAGUAUAUAAAUGCUUAAGUGGAUUGUUCAUAGGACGGGUAGCGUUAAUCCGUAAAAGGCAGAGGUGAACAAAAUAUCGAUAGUGUGUGUCUUUGCAAAGCCAUAGAGGAAAAACCAACAGUUUCCAUUGACAUUGGGUUAGUUUAAUGGGGGUUUGAGCAACCCUGUCCUUGAAUUAUGUUCUAUGUAAACGAAAAGUAAACUGUGCUUUUAGCUCGUCUAGGCAAUCUCAUCUGUUCACGCUAUCGCUUAAUUAGAGCUUGUUGCAGUCUCGCCAUUAAAAUGAAUCAAAUGUAAUAAUAACAAUGAUGAUAAUAUGUGAUUGAUUGUGAUCUUUUCUUACUGUACUACGUAGUUAAUCAUUAUUAAUUAUUUGAUAGGAUCAUGUGUGAAUUUUUUUUCUCCACCAUUUUACAAACGCCUAAGUAAAGGUGAAUGAUCUGUAUUGCUGUCUCUCGGUGAAUGUCAUAUUUCAGUAUCUCUUUAUCAAUUUUGUACUCAACCUUGCUCACAGUUCUUACUUCAUGUGGCUGACUUUGAUUGUAUGACGUUAGAUUAUAGGAUGGAUAAGACUAGUGAAACAGUAAAACGCAUUCAAAUCUGA